ACAAAUAUUUAUAACCUCAAAAACGAAAUCGUUCAAUGAUUUUAGUUCUUUUGGUUAUUAAAUUUUUGUAACCCAUAACUUAUAAAAAUUCUGAUUUUAGUUAAAAAAUAGAAUAUUUAUACAACAAUGACGGAAGAAAUCCAGAAAAAGCUUCAAAAGGAGCUGGAGACAUUAAGUGGAGUACAAAAGGAAUAUCAUAAGGCAAUGGCUCAAAAGCAACAACUUGACAGCCAAUUAAACGAAAAUAAAGCGGUCAAAGAAGAGCUGGUGUUACUGAAAAAAGAUGCCGAAAUAUAUAAAUUAAUAGGGCCAGUAUUAGUAAAACAGGAUUUGGAAGAAGCCAGACAAAAUGUAGCAAAACGAAUGGAAUAUAUUAGCAAAGAAAUGAAACGUACAGAUGAUCACAUUUCCGCAUUGGAAAACAAACAAGAAGCUUUACAAGAAAACUUAAAUAAACUUAAGAAUGAUCUUGGGAAAAUGAAAAUAAAAGCCUGAUAAAUUUUAUUUGAAGAGUACAUAAUUUAAAUGCUUCACUACAUUAAACUACUGCUAACACUGCGUUUGUAUUUACUUUAUUUAAAGUACACUAUCAAAUUUAUUGAUUUAUUUGUAAGUUUGUACUAAAUUAGAUCUAAUAAAUUUUUAUCUUAAUCUACCAUUUUUAAUUGCUACCA